GAUAUAUUAAACCACCUGAAGACUGAUAACCGUAAGUCGUGUUUUGUGACUAUAAUCAUCAUCAUCAUCACAAUGCCUCGUGGAAGAUCUGCGAUCAGUGUCCUCUCCGACAGCAGUGACUUGGACUUUGAUGGAAUUGCCGAGACGGAGAUGGAAAAGCUCCAGAGACAGUUUCGCAUUACAGAGGGAGAUCGACAGGCCUACAGCAUCCAGUCACAAGAAAUUAUACGCAAACAACGUCAGGAGAUUUCCAAGCUGCGUGAGGAACAGGAUGAGCUGCUGCGAACUCUGCAUGUGCUCGAGUCCCAGUCGCGCAGAUCGAGUGAAACUCAGGAGACUGAGACCAUACAAACUCUGCUGGAGCAACAAAACAUGCAGGAGGAUCAACUGGAAAAAGAGAAGCAAACCCAAACUCAACUGGAGCAGGAGAUUAUGAAUGUGGAGAAGAAGUUGGUGGAAGCCAGAAGAGAGGACAUUACAACUUCGCAAAGUCAUACGUCUCAGACCCGCCACACUCAGAAAGCCAUACGAACACUGGAGAACAAACUGGACCGGGCUCUUAUUCGCUUUAAUGAGCAGCUGACGAAGAACAGCCAGCUCAGAGAAGAGCUUGAGACGCUUAGGAUGGAGCGUGUGCGAUUCCAGCAGCUGCAACGCAGACUGGAGAAGGUUUUGCAAGAUGUUCGUAAGGAUAUUGGUGAAGUUAUCAACAUGUCCACCACAGCAUAUGAGGCAAGAGUGGAAGCUCAGACCAAAAUGACCAUGAUGAAAGAAAAGGAGAUGAAGGAUCUUGCCCAGUAUUCAUCUGAUGUAAAGGAGCUGGAGAGAGUCAUUGCUCAUGAACACAGACUCAAAGAGUUUAUGAGCACCAAGAGUAAUGAGAGAAACGCUCUGGAUGAAGCACAGGAAAUCAGCCGCAGAAACGAGAUGAAGGAGCAGAGGAAGGCAGAUGCUGGAGAAGAGAAAUGUGAAACUCUAGAAGAGGUUUUCCAUCGUAUUCAGACGGUGACUGGAGAAGAGAAUCUGGAGAAGCUAGUUACAAAAUUCAUUGAGGUUGAGGACAGGAACUUUGCUCUCUUCAACUAUGUGAACGAACAGAACACGGAAGCUGACAGACUGAGAGAGGAAAUCCAUCAGAUUAAAGAAGAGAUGGAGCAGCUGCGCAUGAAAGGGCUCCAACAGGAAGAGGAAAAUCAGCUGGCUUUAAAACAGGUGAAGGAUCUUCAGCAGGAGUGUGAAAUACAAGCGCAGCAGUAUGAAGCUCAAGCUGAAGACAUCAGCAAGACCCUUGAUCAGAUCAAAACAGGGAUUGACAGUGUGUUCAGUAAGAUGGACUGUGAUCGAGCGCUGAUGGACGACAUGUUGGGCUCUUCUUCUGGGAUCAGAGACAGUAACAUCAUGACGUACCUCAGUCUGGUGGAGCAGAGGACCAGUGAACUGCUCACCAUUCAGGCCUUCAUUAAAUCAAAGGACCUGGAGAAGAAUUACGACCUGAAAGAGGUCGCUCAGUUCCUGCUGGGGCAGAAAGCAGAUGUGCAGAAACAAGCAUUGAUGGUUCAGCCUCACAUUACCAGGCAUGAUUAUGAAGCAGAGGAUUCGUCUCUUACUGAUGAGGAGGAUCGACCUUUGACUCAUCAUGAACUUCAUCGGCACAUUAUGAUGAGCAGUGUCCUUCAUAAAGACGAGUCUCUGCGUGUUGGAGGAGGAAAAGAUGUGAAAACCCCAAAAACCAGCACAUUUUCCAGCAGCAGACAGCGCUCGCUAGAGGACUAACACACCAGAUCCGGUUUUAUAAUAAAGAAAAGAUGCAUAUGA